CUAAAAAUAAAAAUUUUUGAAGCGAAAUUCGGCGAAAUCAUUUCAAGUGACAUCGAUGUUAUAGGAACAAACGAGCCCACCUCACUCAUUACAUGCAAGAUUUCAAGUGAGAUACUUACAAACUGUUUUGAUGAUGAUCGAAAUUUGCACGAAAAGACAUUAUUCUUACUUGAAAAACUCAGGCCUUACAGUUGGGAUGCAAAAAUCGUUCUAACUGUUACAGCUUUCGCACUGAACCGAACAAGACUCAUCAUUAGAUUCGAAGGCAUUUAUAUGCAGCACGAGCUUUUGGAUUACACGGCUUUGGAUAUUACAAAGUCGAAGAUUUAUUUGGCGACUUAUUGGAUCUUUAGAAGCAUAUUAUGUAUCCUCAGGCACUCAAACAAAACUGUAAUUGCAGCUUGGAGACUCCAUACUUUAAGAAGUAAGUUGAAUGGUUUGUGUCGUUCUCUUGGUGAAUACAUCCACAAAUGCCAGCAGAAAAUAGAGACAAGGUUGCAAGACAAGCUGCUGCAUUUGUUUAAGGAGAAUAAAAAAGAUGAUAGCCAAAUUGCUCUAAGGACUUUAUUUGCCUCUCAGAAUUUUCCUUUUAAGAAUGCCUCUUCUGGACAAAUGUUCAUCAAAUUAUGUGACAUUGAUGAGCUGAAAAAUAAGGUUGUUAUACUGUUGAUCUCAAAGCCAGAGUUUCUCCCCAUAGACAACAUACAUUUUCUGGCAAACCAAAUUAAGGAUGUUUGUGAAUAUGCAAAAAUACUUUGGGUUCCUAUUUCGACUUCUCGCGAGUGGACCUCAGCCGAAAAGACCACUUUCGAACUCGUCUCGAGUUACAUGCCAUGGCUCUUUAGCCGAAGUCUGAGGCUC